CCUCCAAAAAAAAAAGUGGAAAAAAUUAACAACAAAUUCAGAGAGUGCGAGAGCGUAAAAAAAAACAGUGCAAUAUGGGCAACGCGGGUAGCUCGACUGUGCAUAUGCAUCGCGAGCGCCAUAAGUCAACGGACCUCUCCACGCCAAGUUCUCCCGCACACUUUCGUGACUCGUUGGGUGGCGGGGGUGGUGGCGGCGGCGGUGUCGUGUCAACUACUGGAGGAGGCGGGGUCGGAGGCGUUGCAGCUCCGGGCGGCGGUGGUGGCGGCCAAGCUUUCUCGUUCGAUAAAAAACAUACGGCAGUCUUGAACGAGGGUUCGUCGCAAGAAGACGACGACGACUUUUACACGAGAGCGGGAGCUAAGCGCACAACAGCUGUUGAUAACGAGUCAACAACAGCAGCCACAGCCGCAGCGGCAGCAGUAGCAGCAGCACUUGAAAGAGAUAGCACUAUGGAUGAGCUAACCGAUGAGUAUCAAGAGAUGCAGGCGACAGGAUCAAAGAAUUUAGAUGAAAUGGAAUUAAAGAAGACGGCAUUGCCCACGGUUCUGCGCUGGGAUUAUGGUGGCAAAAAUGUGACCAUAUCGGGCACGUUCUCCAAGUGGAAACCGAUUCAAAUGGUGCGCAGUCAUGGCAAUUUCGUGACCAUCAUUGAUCUGCCGGAGGGCGACCAUCAGUAUAAGUUCUGUGUGGACGGCGAAUGGAAACAUGAUCCCAAAUUGAAAAGUGUGGAAAAUGAUGAGGGCGAUAAGAAUAAUCUGGUGUCGGUGCGCCCAUCCGAUUUUGAGGUGUUCCAAGCAUUGGCCAAAGACAGCGAGAAUGUGCCCAACUAUGCGGAGAAGGAAUAUUCGCAGGAGGUGCCACAGGUGAAGCCCUGGGAGAAGGUGUCUGGACCGCCAGUGUUGCCGCCACACCUGCUGCAGGUCAUACUCAACAAGGAUACGCCACUAUCGUGCGAGCCCACAUUGCUGCCCGAACCGAACCACGUGAUGUUGAACCAUUUGUACGCGCUCUCCAUUAAAGACGGCGUCAUGGUGCUGAGUGCCACGCAUCGCUACUGCAAGAAAUAUGUCACAACACUGCUCUACAAGCCGAUAUAGGUCCAGCAGCAAUGCAUAUACAACUCUUUUAUAAUCUAAAAUUUAGCCUAAGCUCUAUUAAAUUGUUUUCAAUUGCUUUCCCCUCUUUAUAUA